GUUGCUAGAAAAAGUAGAAAAGUGAAUGUUAUUUCACGUUUUCGCGUCUUUUUGUUUCGUUAAGCAUUCAAUAUGUUUGAAGUCGAUACUGAAAACAAUUCCUCUGACAUGUAGCCUGUUCUGCAAACUGUAAUAAAUGCACGUACCUUCAAUUCUGUCGGCAUUGUAGGUUAUAAAGUGUAUCUAUUUCAUUGUUUAGUAUCGUCAUCAACUCAUCACUUCAUUGGUUCAGCCGGACCUAUUUUUAGAUUGUUAUAACUCUUUAACGAAGCCUAUGUUUCGAGUGUUAAUUAGAAUUUACGUUGAUUAACGUGUCGAAGUGAUUCGCCGGUGAAAAUGGGUCUAAUAAUUUCCAGAUUUCGACGCAAAAAAACGACAACAGAAAUUCUAGAAAAACUCGAAACCAACAUAAAACGAAUCGAACAAGAUGGCCAGACCAAAGAGCAGAAACACAAGCGGGUCAUUGGCUACGUUAUGGCGUACUCUGUGGGAAUCUACGUGUUGUUCGCGAUAUUGUACUACUUCAUGUAUGUCGGGAAGAGUCAGCACUGGCUAAGCUCGGUGUUACACGCUUCGCCGCUACUCGUGUUGCCUGUUGUUGUGAUCUUCCUACGCACUGCGAUAUCGUGGUACUACAACUGGACGAUCAGCAAGAACAGGGUAAAGCUGAACAAAAUGAAAGAAGAGAAGAAGAAGAUACUCGAAGAGGUCAUGAACACGGAGACCUACAAGGUAGCGAAAGAGAUCCUGGACAAGUACGGGAGCCCUGACGACCAGUCUAAAGCCCUGAAGCCGUUCACUCCCACAAUCAACGUGCCUGGUAACAGCGGUAACCCUAGCACGCCCCGAGCGACGCCUGGUCAGCUGAGACAACGCCAACUCGCGCUGACAUCAAAUCCGAUCAACCAGAACAGAGAGCUGAUGCCUAUGAACAAUAUGGGUUUGAAUUUCAAAGGGCCCAGGAUGAGGAUGUCGGACAAGCAAGCCAACGGUGUGCCCUCUGUCCGUUUUGCCGACUUGGACAACAAACCAUCGGACCAACUGCCCCGACCGCUGUUGGACAAGAACCGAUCCGCACUGGACAAAGUGGUGGACUACUUGCUGAAGGACGGGCCUAAUCAUCGCAUGGCUCUGAUUUGCAACGAGUGCUCUUCUCAUAAUGGAAUGGCAAUGGUAGAAGAGUUCGACUACGUCUCUUACGUGUGUGCGUACUGUGGGCGCCUUAACCCUGCGCGCAAGCAGCGCCCCGCAGCCCCCCUGCUGUCUUCACCGCGAGCGUUGCCAGACAUACCGCGUCGAAUGAGCGGUGACGACUCUUCCAUAUCUAGUUCCAGCGACAGCGACGAUGACAAGAAAGUCAAGAUAUCUGAAAUUGGAAGUUCAGAAGCUGAAUCGGAUCGGCCCCCCUCCUCAUUGGAAGGGACUCCGAAAUCCGUCGCCGAAAAGAAAGAAGACUGAACGGAUAAAAAUUAACUUUUUCCUUAAAAUCUUUCCUUUAAAGAGCGUGAAAUAUUGAAGAAAAAAAAUGUACGGAAAUUAUGAUUUCCUGGUGGCGAAUUGGUCUGAAAACAGUUUGUCUUUGACAGGUUGGUGGUUCGAACCUUUUAACCUUUUCUUAAAUUAGACUUUAACCGGUAGUAUAAAUGUUCUUAAAGUUAAAAUAUUGCUGGAAAUUACAAGCAAGGCAGUCUUCUGUUCUAUCUAGCUAUGUAAAAAAGACAAGAAUGGUUCAGAUGCAAGCACUAAUUAGUUAAAACAUUACGUUAAAAGGUAAAAAAGGCGAAUAUUGGUUGCUUUGUGUACCAGCAUUGGGGUCUUGUCGAAAUAGGGAAAUUUUUAUUUUAAAGAGAUACUGUCAGUUAUGUUCAGUGUGAGGUAUGUUGUAAGAAAAAGUAAUUAAAGUAAAUAAAAUUAUCUUAUGAUAUGAAUUACCUCACGUGAUUGCAUGAAUUUUUAACAUUUAUAUUGGCUCUCUUAGUAGAGACUUAUUGAAUAUUAAUCGUAAGCCGCAAAAUAAAGUGCCUAAAUUAUUUCCGCGCCAAAAGUGGCUUCGACAGCUGUCAAAAUUAUUUUAUAGAUGCGAAAUGAUGCUUCCAGCCAGUGAUUUAAAAAAUAAAAUAGUUCCCAUAAUAAUGUAAUGUAAUAUCGGAUCGUAAAAAGGCUAAUAAGAUAGUCUAUAAAAUUCCUAUAUUACAACGAGCUUCGUUUGGUUUAUAAAUUAAACAAUUGAGAAGAAAAAUUGCUUAAGAUGCCAUUUUAUACCUAAAACUUUACUGUCAUCGCUCUUUUUUAUAAAUUUGUGGUAAAAUUGAAAUAGAAAAUUAUGUUUCUUUUAUUAUUUAGUUUUGACAUGAGGCUCUCGGAGUACAUAUUCGUGCCUUGUUAAAAAUUGUUCGUUUAGAGGUAAAUUACAUGCAAUAAUUAACUAAAAGAGUCAAACGGUGUUGCUAAUAAUCUUUUUCGAUAUCCAUUUUGAGUCAAAAUGUCAAAAUUUUUGACAUUUAGUUCAGAAUUAAAAUGUUGAUAACAUCAUUUUAUUUGCGUUUGGUUUAUCUCUAUUUUAGGUAAAAAAACUUAAUGGAAAAGUAGAUUUUGUAGCAGUAUUGUUUCCAGCAAUAAUUUGUUUGCAUUAAGUAUGCAAGCAUAAAUACAUUUUCUGUUAAGUUUUUCCUGUAGUUUAAUAAUUUACUCGAUACGAACGAAUAUUUAUUCUUAUUUAAUUAUUGUUAUUUAAUAAGUUAUUUUGAAUCUUCAUAGUUUCUAGUUUAAGCUGGUUUAUAUAAUUUAUUUUAAACAUAAUUUAAUUUUAAAUAUAUUUUUUGGGCCCGCUACUUAAAUGAUUGGAUAAUAAUAAGGUCUCAGAGCCAGUUUUGCGACUAUUAUAAAUUAACUUUUACAUCUAUGAGUAUAGGAACUUAACACAAUAAUGCUAUGCUACAUUAUUACUAUUAGUAGCACAAAUUUAACGUUUUUAUUUCUAAUUCUGAGUGUGAAGGUUUGUUCAGUGUCAGUCAUUAUGAAUGACUCUUACAAAUCUUGUGUCAACUUUUCUACGACAAGUAGCGCUGUUUGAAUAACUUACUUUCUUCAGUGUCCUGGGUUUGGAAUUGAAUAAGUAAUGGCAACAAUAAAACCAAUUAUAACCCCAACCACUUUAACUUUCGUACUAACAAUUCCUAUAACUACCUGCAUUUUACUCAGUCGAUAAAAUUAUUUCCAACAUUAUAAAUUCUUUAGUAAUAUUAUUUUAUUUUUAAAACUAUGUCAAUAUAAAAAAAAACAAAUUACAAGUUGACAUUAUUAUGGUUUUCGCCAUUUUACUUGCAAUAUUCGACAUUGUAUAAUUUUUGUUACCUGCUUUUCUUAUGCAAUUGCUUGAUCUUGACUUGGUUUUUCUUAUUAAAAUUGAAUACUUUGUAUAGCAUGACACGGAUUUGAAAGUCAAAUUACCAUUUUAUUCUGCCAAAUGUAGCUUAAAAAUAAAAUAAAAAUUACUUUUUUAAUUAUACUCAAACGCUUUUUCUAGUCACAUUUACUUGGUGAUCCGAAAGUUGCAUUUAAUAGCCAAAUGCAUUGAACACAUAAUCAUCUUUGUCAUUAAAUAUUUAUUAACAUUAAACAUUUUUUUUUGGAUCACCAGCCAAUUAAAUUAAAAUAACACCUAUAAUUUGUAAUUUUUAUUUUUAACAUACGGUUAAAAAGUUUAACAUUUUAACCUUUUCAUAAAUUGUCCGAAUAAUCAUGAGCAAAAUAUAUUUUUUAAUUGUAUUCCCAGACAUUCCCUGAUGUUUUUUGUAGUUUAGUGUUCGGCCUUAGUACAGUCGCCAUCAGAUAUAUCGGAGCGGCCAAGGCGCUCACAAAUAUCUGAACACGUCUCUAUUGUCAAGGCGUUAGAGCGCGUGUUCAGAUAUUGUGAACACCUUGGCCACUCCGAUAUAUCUUAUGGCGACUGUACAAACCCUAUACAUCCAAAAUGUUUGUUUUGCAGCAAAAACCAUUAUAAUUAUUUCCAUUUGAACAACAAUUUAAGUGCAGGUAAAUCUACGAAAGAAGGCGUGAAUGGGUCGCCGAAUAAGUGAAUGAAUAAAAAUACAUUCGAUCAUUAAAAUUCGUUCCGAGGUCCUACCGCCAACACAGAAAAUCGUUAUCGCUCUUGCAAAUUCGAGCUAUAGAGGCAGAUGACAAUUUUGGAUUUUUAGAAGUUGGCGGUAUCAGGCGUGGCUCAAUCCGCGAUUUUGUCGCGUCGCUACAAGUACAUGCGGCCGACACCAAUUUUGGUGUCUAGCCAUAAUGAUAGUAGUUGCCGCGCACCGCUUCGGAGCGGACGCCUGCUCGCGCUUGCGCCACCUAGCGGUCAUAUCUGUCGUAAUAGACGCGUUUUAUUAGAGAGUGUACCUUCUGUACUUAGUACUAUUAUUUAUUCUGUGGCGGUUUGUCCUUUUUCGUGACUUUACCUGUACUACAUGAUUUUACAUGAUAACUGUGGUAGUGGUAUCCUAGUGUCCAAUAAUGAGGUUUUACUAAGGAAUGAAUCUUCAUUGUGUGUAAAUAAUGGAGUCAAGUGAAUAGUGUUGUUGAAUUUGUUAUUUAUGCUUGUAUUCAUUAGGUAUUUUAUAUUGAACUAAUAUACAAGUACCCAGUU